AUGUUAAAAGUAAUAAUCUUCGUUAUUUUUGCGAUUACGAUAUUAAUUAAAUCCAUCGAUGGUUAUGAUUUCAACAGAAAAAAUCAACCCUUGAUUAAAAUUAAGAAAAAAACCCGGAUCAUCGAUGGAACCCCGGCCAUUAAUGGGCAAUGGCCUUUCGUUGUAAGCAUUCAAAACGAAGAACAACACGUUUGCGGUGGCGCAAUUAUAAAUCAACGUUACGUUUUAACCGCGUGUCAUUGUUUCGUUGAAGGUGACGAUGUUUUAAAAGAAGAGGAUGUAAUGAUAACGGUGGGAAAUGUGAUUUGGCGCGAAGGUGAGCGCCACACUGUUGAGAAGAUAAUAACACACGAAAAUUAUGAUAGCGAUGCUGUGAUAAACGACAUCGCCUUGGCGAGAGUUAAAAAACCCUUUAUUUUUAAUUCGAAUGUGCACCCGAUUAGGCCGAGCCCUACAAAUAUUGAUGAUGAUAGAUUACCAGUUUCUGCAACAGUUGUUGGAUGGGGGUUCACUAAUUCAGGGAAGAAAUUGGUUAGUGUUGCGUCGGAAAUCUUAAAUUACGUCCAAUUAAAAACAAUACCUUGGUACACAUGUAGAGAGUAUUACUCGGAUAUUUAUCCGACUAAUCUUUGUAUGACGAGUGGAUCAAUGAAGGGGAGUUGUAAUGGUGACUCAGGAGGUCCUUUGGUUACUUAUACCGAUAAGGGGUUGGUUCAAAUCGGGUUGGUGUCCUACGGUGAUGAUUGCAACAAUACAAAACCCGAGGUUUACACGAGAGUUCCGUUAUAUUUAGAUUGGAUAGAAGAUAACAUGAUUAUGGAUUAA